AGCCUGACACGGUUUGGUACGAGGGCGGUUCUCGUCUGGGAGAGAAAGUGUAUAAAUACAGUGAUCUUAAACAGAAUUUAAUCAGGUUUGGAGCUGAUCCUGUCAUCCUGAGAAGCUAUCAAUACACGGAAAGAAUUCAAACUUACGGGACUGGAGUGAAACCCCCAAUACGUUAACAUGGAGUUGAAAGCAACUGUGAUCGUUGCUAUCCUGGCUGCACUUGCUAUGUCAGCUCAUGCACGAAGAGGUGGUCGUGGAGGUAUGGGGCCUGGGAGACAGAGGGGAGAUGGUCUUUUCGGAGGAAGGCCUGACGGGUUGCCAAUGGGCGGGCCAAGGCGAGGAGGUGGUGGAAUGAUGGAUGGAAGGAGGUUUGAUGGCCCCGGAUUAGGACUAGGUGCCCCUGAGAUGGACCAACGAAGACAAUUUGGUGGUCCGAUGGGUGGUGGAAGAAGAUCUGACGGUCCUUUCCGUGGCUCUAGACCUGAAGGAGUCGGAAGGCCUUUCUUCGGUCAAGACGGAACCAGACGUGGUGGUGGAGAAGAAGAAACCGCAGAUGCCUCCAAAUCAAUCUUUGAUCGUUUUGGACUCGGUCCGCUUUUUAGAGGACAAUCGCGAGGUUGGGAUCGUCUUCAAGAUCAAGGAGAAGGUCAACAGCAUAACGACAGCAGCGAAGAGGAUGGAGGUCAUCGUCACCAUCACCAUCGCUACCACCCCCACCACCAUCACCACCGUCAUAACCGUACUGAAGGCCACCGCCGUCAUAACCGUACUGAAGGCCACCGCCCUCACAACAAGACGGGAGAUUACCCCCAUCGCCAUCACAACAAGACCGGAGACCGGGAUUGGGACGGACCAAGAUUCCAGAUGAGGCCGUUCCGGUUCUUCAAAAACUGGCCAUUUGGAAGACACAACCGAACCGGCGAGGAAGGAUCUCACGGACAUGAUGGCCGCCGCCAUCCCUUUGGCAAGUUCCCAGGACGCUGGGGGUCACAUGAAAGCGAGGAGGAAGAGGAGGAGCAAGUGCAGGAGUCAACAACUAGGGAAAAUGCAACCCCAUCUUCCCCAUCGGAAGUGAUAACACCAUCCUCCCAACCGGAAGUGAUUGAAAUUGCAAUCAAUGACAAUGAAAUAUAAACUAAUGUCAUCGGACAACUGCAAUUUCUUUUUUAAAUGACUGAUACGGUAAAAAUGAAGUCAUCCAUGUCUUUCCUCUAGUAUUGACUGAUAAAAAUUCCUGACGAUGUUUCAUCGAUUCUCAGGCCGGGCAUCCAUAUAUAUUUUUUUAGUCAUAAACAGACAUGAAAAUUGAAUGGAGAUACAACACGCUUCAUCAUGAAUUAGACCUUUAAUUCAUUAUUGAAAGACUUGUAAAAUAAACAUGAUAAAUAUCAUACCAGA